AUGGCGACAAGUUUAGAAACUCUGCGCUCUGGGUUGAACAAAUACCCGAAUUCGUUCAGUCUCAAAGGACAUGAGGAGUUGGUGUACCCGAAACUGGAUGCUAUGCUGCAGAAGCUGCUAAAGGAGGAGGAUGACUGCGCAAUAUGGAGUACAUCUCUGAGAACGCAUUAUGUAUGUUCUGUGAAAAACCUGAAGGCCUUUGUCCUCUUCAAAUUCAACCGAACAGCCGAAGCAUUUCGAUUACUUGACGACGUUUUGUCGUUGAGCAAAGGUAGGAAUGUCAUCGGUUUGGCGAACAGGGGCCUGAUGACUUUGGACAGUGGUGAUCCUUCAGAUGCUUUGGACACCCUGGCCUCUCUUCAACAAGCUACGCCGAUGGACUUGCUUCUCGCCAAAGCUGAAAUGGCUUUUGCAUACAGAAAGAUGGGGCCCAGGUAUAACGCAUUUUGCAGAGAUUCGUACGACAAACUCCUCGCUGAGAUUGCUGAGAAAGGACUUGAUCAAUGUGACCCAAAUUUCUGCCAAGAAGCGAUCUCAAUUUGUGAUGAAUUUCGUGUCUUUUGGUGCUAUGAUGCAGCUGUCGCCAUUGACCGUGCUUUGGGCAAAAACUUGCAGACGAAUUUCAACUGUUUUGAUGUAAACAAAAAUGGCGACCCAGAGAAAUUGCUCCGACGAGGCUGUGAACUUUUGAAAUAUUGCUUGGAAAGGAGAACUGACCACACAAAGGUUUGGAUAAAAUACGUUGAAAUAUAUAAAAAGUAUAAACAGAUUGAUCCGAAGAGGAACAGAACGCUGAAAUUGCAAUGGCUGACUGCUGGGAACGUAAAUGUAUGGGACUGCCUGGAGAACGCUGUAGCAGACGUCGAAAUGUCACAUGACCAUGACGCAUUGAUGAGAUUGGGUAGGUUGUUUUUGUCAGGCCCUAGAGCUAACUUUCAACUCGCUAAACAUUACUUAUACAAGUCCCUGAUGAUCCGGGAGAGUGAGUUUGCUCAUCAUCAGCUUUCCCGCGCGUUCACGAUGGAGUUGGACAACAGUAAAGACGACUUUGUCAAUAAUGGCACACGAUGUUUCCUUCAAAUCGAACACCGCGAAAGCUUCGCCACGCUGCCACGCUUUACACGUUCCAAUAGUGUCCAACACAUCUAUGACUAUUACAAACGAUCACCAAAUGACUUCAGGCUUGAACAAGCCAUAUAUCACAUCAAACGGGCCAAUGACCUUGCCGGGGAGUCAUCGUGUAUGAUCCUUUCAGACUUGGCAAGAUGUGUCUUCCGGUACUGUGACGACCCAGCAGCAGAAGACACCCAGCGUGAACUGUUUGGCUGGCUCCGCCAAGCACUGAGCCUUAAAAGUUCAACGAAAGGUGACAGGGCCAAAGCUUACAUGCAGAUGGGUAUGAUAAAAGAGUUAGUUGGCGACAGAGAAAGGUCUAAGCUUUACUUGAAAAAAUCUAUUGAGGUCGCCGCCGGAAGUAGGUCAGAAAACUUUCCCUCUCUCCCAGUCCUUCUCGAAAUAUUACGGGAAGAAAUAUCAGUCUCUACGAAUGCAGAGGAGCUACGCCUGUACGAAACUGUGCAGAAAAUUGGCAAAAGUACGAAUGCUUUGAAAAGACAGAGCAACAAAGACAGGAGCACCGUUGCUUCAGAAUCAAUGCUGAAUUACAUUGAAGGAAAAAUGAUGUGGUUCAAAGGCCGCGGCAUGAUUCAAGAGGCUCUGGUGUCCUUGAAACUGCUUAUGAGUAUGAGAGACCUUUGUGCAGAGGAAAGGGAGUUUGCCAUCAAUCUGUGCUUGGAAGCAGAAGAUACUCAGUCUGCGAAAGACGGCAAAGAACUACAUGUAACCGAGAACAACUUUCAGGAACUUUUUGCUACUUCGGUAAAACCUAUUGCGAGGGAAAAUCUCGAAAAUCUGUGCGCUCAAACUGAGCAAAUUGUGAAAACCAUGAAAGAAAAUGGUGAAAAAUCGGAUGGUAUUUACGCAGAAGUUAUGUCCCAGUUGCUGAAGGUGCCAGGAGUUGACGAAAGCGUUGUUGAAGAUUUGGCAGCUGAAGCGGAACAGGUGUCAUCCAAGAUGGAGGACACUGUUGUUGUUGACAUUCAGUAUCGUCUGCUUUGUAAUCUGUUGAAGUCGUCCUUCAGCAGCCAUCACGAUAUCCUCGUCUAUUCCUGUGAUGUGAAGGAAGACAAACAACAGACGGAAAUACUGGUAGCAUUCUUGGAAAACGGGCUAGGCUUGGCCGACCAUUGCUGCUGGGCGCAAAGGGACUUGGUCCACAACUGUGGCGGGGAGUACGAAGUAUACAUGACAAAGGCACUGUGCCGAUCUACGCGCGUUCUUGUCCACGUGACGCCCCAACUCCUUGAGGACAAAAUGGACGUGCGAAUUUUGACCUCUGUUUUGAAUGAUACCCAUGAGAGGGCAUACGGACAAUUCAUCAUGGUAGAAGUGACAGGAAAUGCAGAGCUUGAGUUUCCAAACUGGUGCAGGCGAGGAGACUCGAGCGUCAUUUCUCUCCCAAGUCUGAAAUUCGACGAAAAAGAGCAAAUAAAGUCGGCAAAAAGAAAACUGAUGAAGGCGCUCCUGCUUGGGACAGGUUGAUUGGUGCUGAUUGGUGCUGUCCUUUGUGAACGUGAUACGUCAUCAGGUUAAAGGUCAGAGGUCGGAGAGUUCUGAAGUGAUAACAAACAUAUUUUUGUGAACUCUUUUAUCUUGCGUCCUAAUUUCGUGCUCCGAACCCAGAUGCGUCCCAUGCAAGGAAAUCACGUGGAAUUAUACCAUAUUGAGUGUUUGUAUUUUUCUGUAAGUUAUCGAACUUUAGGGGAAAUAUUCGUAAAAUUGAUGAAUGAUGUCCGUUUCAGGCAGACAUCCAUUUUGAGAGAAAAAAUGACUCGAAUUGAAUGAAAAUUGUGGCCGGUGGCGAGGUACCGGUAUAUCAUCAUACAGCAGGGAGGUUAAAACGAAUUUCUACUCACUUUUAGGACCCAGUCCCAGUCAUGUAAUGAUAUUUUCUUGAAAAGAUGAAUGCCGCGGGGUUGUCGCGUGUUCGAUGAUAUUUGUAUACACAUCUACACUAUCCCCGCACAAAGGUCAGAUUUGGUUUUUUCUACCGCGUGGAACGUCAUGAUUUGAAUUCAAAGUAAAAUUUACAUCUCAUAAAUAUUUAAAGCUGGACAGUUAACCCGUGAAAUGAUAUAUAUACCACCUCUGUAACACUGUAACCAAAAUACAUGUAUAUACAGUUCGUAUAAUGUAAAUUGAACGUACGAGGUGUUAGAAAAAAGAUUUGUCACUUUUGAUUUCUAAUAACUUCUAAACUGCUACUCCGAUAGCGACCAAAUGUUAAUAACAUGUAACUGACAUCCAUCGUAUUUUCUGGUAAAGGUUUGGUUGCGUAAUGAGUUAUGAAAACCGAGUAAUAAGGGAUAAUUAUAAUAAUUGGGGUUGUUUUGGUUUUCCUGUCACUCUUGACCUGGCGUCCUCCGAUUGCUCUACAGCGUUCAAGGCAGUGACGGUGGGGGGGGGGGGGGGCUCUUGAUGCAGAAGAUCACUAGUUUGUCAAGGAAGUCUUGGUCACCUCGAAUGUCAUUGCACACAUCCUCGAUUGUUUGUUGCAGUUCGUCAGUCUACGUUUGCAAAGGGCCUUCGGACAUACAUCAACUCUUCCAGAUAUCCCCAGAGAAAGAAGUCGCAUAUUGUGAGGUCUGGGCUUCGAUUAAAAAUGCUUUUGAAAUUUGGUCUCUAUCGGAGUAGCAGUUUAGAAGUUAUUAGAAAUCAAAUGUGUCAAUUUUUUUUUAACACCUAGUACAUGUAAAUUUGUGUUGUUGUCGAGUUGAAAUACAUAUAAAACAGUUUAUGCAGCUUUUGUUGUUUGGAUAUUAUGUGAGGUUUCGCUGCUUCCAAAGACAGCAGACUUGACCAUUAACUGUCCACCAAAACCUGUGAAAGCGGCUAAAUCGUAAGGUAAUCCGCUUAAAUAAUUUUUAUGUGUGUAUUAGUUUCAAGCCGCACAUUAAAACCAUGUCUUCCUAAAAGGCAAACACAAUAUAUAUAUAUUGCAAAGUAUGAAUUGAUCUAUGAAUUAAUGAUAUGAUAUUGCAUGGAUGCAUACAUUUGUAAUUAUUUUAUUUUAACAAAGAACUCUGUAUAUGCGUUAUGUAUAUAUAUUUGUCAAAGAUGUCAACGUUGAUGACGAGGAUUAAAGUUGGGGCAACUAUGGUAGUUUUCCUGAACGUGAAAUUUUGACGCUGCAUGGUCUGUCGUAAGAAUCGUUUUCUUUUUGUUUCGUCUUCCAUCACAAACAAUUUGCCUUCACCGUGUGAUGUUUUUCAAUUGUUCAGUGAAACCCCUGGCCCAAAAAUGCGAUCACCAUGAAAAUACAAAACCUGUACUUUGCUCUCUACAAGAUCAUCAAAUUCUGAACCAUGGUGUAACGGAGUCCGGGUCGGCGGAGCUUGAGGGUCAAGAUGAAUCAUCAACAGCAUGACGGACUUUAAACUAUUCUCUGAAUUGCUUGAUGUCAUGAGAGAAGAAAUGGCCUCAUCUCUCAAUGAACUCUCCAUGCUCCUUGCCCAUGACUGGAACUCUAGUUAUUGCGGACGUCGUUCCGUCCCUGCGUGAACUGGCCGCCAUUGGCUCCAAAUGACCUUGACUAGGCCAUUUUAGUAUCAUAGGACUUUCAGAGCUUCCAGUCACCCGAAAGUUUGGGACCGAGUUAUAAUAAUACAUCAAAACAUUUUGGUUGACACUGUUUUAUUCAAGACAUAGUAUGUGUUGAGUCCCCCAAGUCAGUGCGAAUCUGUGGACGUGGCCAUUUUUCAGUCUGAUUACACUGCGCGAUCGCAAUGUAAAAUGGGCAGUUAUGCAGUCCAGUACAACAUGGAAGCUUAUACUGGCAGAGAUAAUAUUAGGCCUAUGUCUG